AUGGGCCACAUUAGGUGCAGUUACUGUAUGGCUGUUGCUAGGAACCUUAGGAUAGAUGACAUUAAUGGCUGGAGGUUGAAGACGAAGGUUCUUCCGCGAGAAGAACCUUCUUCCGCGCAUAGGAAAGGGGCUUCUGGGAAUUCCCGCGGAAGAAGUGUGGAAGGUCGUGCGUUAGGAGCUGGUAAAGGUAGAGGCAUUAGUGAGGAUACGCAUGAGGCUGAUGUUCCUCUGUGUCGCAGACCUACUGCUUCAGCACGUAGGCAACAGGUUCGUCUGCGUGAGGACGUGACAGAGAGACCUGAGGAUGUGCCUCAGUUGCAUGAGGAUGUUCCUCAUGUGUCUGAUGCCACCCCAGAGAUGACAGGCGCCGCUGAUGCUGUUCAAACCGAAGGAGUGGCUACUGAUGGGAGCUUGGGGUCACCUGCUGCAGAUGAAGGUUUCCCCGGUGGACCACGCGACCCAUCGAUUUUGACCGAUUUUGCUGAGCAUGAACAACCCGAUCUGAAGUUGGUCUCCCACGGUAGAAAAGUAGAUAAAAUUGGGAGACCAGCGCCUGAGAUCGAAGGGUUGGUUGCUGGCACCGGAUUAAGUCCACUGAUCAGGUGUUCUGUUAUCACCACUGAUCCUGGACUCAUAUCCGCCUUCAUCGAGAGGUGGCAUCGCGAGACUAGCACGUUCCACCUGCCAGUAGGCGAGUUGACGAUCACGUUGGAUGACGUGGCGUCACUCCUACACCUUCCCAUCACUGGCGUGUUGCAUACGUUCGAGCCGCUUGUUACUUCAGACACCAUUUGUCUAUUGACGGAGCUUCUUGAGGUCAGUCAUGAGGAGGCUACAUUUGAGACCCGGCAGGCUGGUGGGCCUCAUGUCCGGUUGGGGUGGCUUCGAGACUUGUAUCAGAGCUAG